GGAACCUCGGAUGCGUUUGCGUGCUGGGAUACACUGGUGAUGGUCUGACUUGUACAGACAUUUCAGAAUGCGAUGUUGACAUUGACAACUGCAGUCCGUUCGCUUCUUGUUUCAAUUUCGCUGGAUCCUACGAUUGUCAAUGCAAUGCCGGAUAUUUUGGGAAUGGAUCUGUAUGUGAAGAUGUGGACGAGUGUCAAACCCAGAACCCCUGCACUGAAGAUAAUCAAGUUUGUGUCAAUACACAAGGAUUUUAUAGAUGUGAUUGUGAACAAGGAUACACAUGGAAUGGGACGAUUGUAACGAUGUGGAUGAGUGUCAAUCCAAGAAUUCUUGCGCUGGGGACCAACAGGUUUGCAUCAAUAGCCAGGGAUCUUAUGGAUGCGCUUGCGAACAAGGAUACACAUGGAAAGCAACGUUUUGUGCAGAUGUUGAUGAAUGUGCAGAUGGAACACAUGGAUGCGAUCAAGAGGCUGGUUGCACCAAUACUGAAGGAAGUUACACAUGUACUUGCAAAUCUGGUUUUUCUGGUGACGGGAGGACUUGCAAAGAUGUAAAUGAAUGUGUUGAUGGAACACACGAUUGUGAUCGGGAAGCGAAUUGUACAAAUACUGAAGGAAGUCACACAUGCAGCUGCAAACCUGGUUUAGUUGGAGAUGGAAAGAACUGCACAGAUCCUCUCUGUCCUGCUAUAGAAGAUGACGAUGUAGCCUUCUGCGUCCAGGAGUGUGAUACGUCAUCAGAUUGUAGGGCAGGGGAAUAUUGUUGUUAUAACGGUUGUGGGAGAGUUUGCAUUACGUUUCAAGACCCUCGUUGUCCAACCAUCUUAGAUGGAGGUGCAGUCUGUGUCAAUGAAUGCAUGGAUUCAGAACGGACAGGUUGCAGUGAGAAUGAGAUAUGCUGCUAUAAUGGUUGUGGAAGGCUGUGCUUCCCAGUAGAAAUGGAAGGAUCAUGUGAUCUUCAAGAUAUUGAUGGCUUCACUUUCCCUGCAUCAUUCCCUGGUUUGGUGUCAUAUUCUGUACAGAUGUGUGAAGAUACCAGCAGACCAAUCGCAUCAGUCUCAUGUGUGUCAACUUCAACAAAUUCCUCAAGGUUUGAUCCUGACACGUUGGUCCGGACCGACUGCAGAGAGACAAUUAAGGAUUUGACAUCACAGCCUUAUAACUCUUCAAAACAAGUCACUGAUACUCUUCAGCGCCUCCAAGUGUUAUCAUCUAACGUUGAUGGAAUAAAUCAAGAAGAUGUCGGAGAUAUCACAAAAUAUUUUGAGGGCAUUUCCAAAGCCAGUUUGCAGUUUUCAAAUACUGAUAUUGGGAAUGUUGCAGAAAUUACAAGUCACAUGUCUGAGUAUUUUGCACAGUCAGGACAACAAGAAACAUCAGAAACAACAUAUCAAAAACAAAGUCUCGUCCAAUCACUGACCACGUUGUCAAGAAAGCUUGAAGCAGACGCUACAUCUGGGUUUACUGCAAUUAGUAAAGAUAUCAAUAUCAAGGUACAAGAUGUCCCAGAUGCUGAAAGCUUAUCAACAUCUAUAACGUUCAUCCCUGACUUUUAUUCUGGAAGUUCUGAUGGAAGAAUUGUUUCACCGAUUGAAAUAAAGAUUCCAGGAGAAGCUUUCGCUAAGGCGGCUGCAGCAGUCGCCUCUUCAUCACCAAGAUCAAAACGUGCAACAUCGUCUGUCAGAAUUGUAUCAGUCGGAUAUCGGAACAGCACAUUCUUCCCAUCAAGUAGAGAUACAAACUGGGUAAUAGCAAGCAGUCUUGGAGAUAAAGAAUCAUCUCUAAGCAACAUCAGAUUGAUUGAUCCUGUUGUCAUCACAAACAGAGAAGUCGAUGAAAAACCUGAGAAAGUUCAGAGAGAUGAAUUCAAGACUGACAUCACUAAUCUUGAAUGUGUCUUCUGGGACUUUGACAAGCAAUGGUGGUCUCGUGAUGGAUGCUGUCUGAUACCUGGGGAUCCUCCUGAAUGUCACUGUAACCAUCUGACUAAUUUUGCUCUUCUGGUGAGCAAGGAUGAGAUUGGAUCGAACAUAGCGAUAACAAUCGUAACGUAUGUUGGAUGCGGGUUGUCAGCAAUAUGUCUGAUCUGUACUGUACUGGUUGUGGGAUUUUCAAAGCGUCUUAGAAGAAAACAGCCAAUGCAAGUGAUCAUGAACAUAUGUGGAUGCCUGGCUGUUUCAUUCCUUCUUUUCAUGUUUGGAGUUGACGCCGCUAAUGAUGAGAUCGGGUGUUCGAUACUCGCCGCCCUAUUGCAUUAUGCUUUGUUAGCGGCAUGGUUCUGGAUGGCGAUCUAUAGCCACACUGUAUAUAGGGACGUGGUAAAGGUGAUGGAAACCAGAGGUCAACGUUACAAUAUGUUUGCUGCAGCAGUAGUUGCAUAUGGAAUCCCCGCGCUGAUUGUCGCCUUGAACGCUGGGAUUACACUCGGGCAUAUUGACAAGCAGUACACAACAUAUGCUUGCGAUGGAGGCGAUCCUUUUAUCGACUCAUCCUACAACGCUCGUAACUUCUGUUGGCUGCAGAACAAUUCCUUUAUACUUUGGAUUCCUUCUUCCAGUUGGAUUGUUACUCGUUUAUAACAUUGUUGUAUAUUGUAUAGUAAUACCUAAAAUAACAUGUUUCAAAAAGCAGGUGGGAUCAUCAGCGUCACCUAAAAGUACGAAGCGAAAUGUGACAAUAUCACUUGUCAUGGCAACAACAGUUGGACUGUCAUGGGUGAUCGGUUACUUUAUGCUACUUUCCGAUAAUCAAACUUAUUUGCAAGUUAUGAGUUGGCUGUUCGCUGUAGCAAAUGCAUUUCAGGGAGUCUUCAUCUUUGUUUUCACCAUCGUACGGACGGGAGAAAUUCAAAAACUAUUUUGUACCAAACGCAAUAAAUUUAAUACAGAGAGGAAUAAGACAGCAUCAACAACUUCUACUGGACUCAGUCCUAUGCCUUCUCCACUGCCUAAAGAUAUCUGAAAGGAGAAUAUCGCUUUGAGUUACUAUAGCAUGGAUUGUUUUCGUUCUUUGAAGAG